GCCGCGGGUCUCGCUCCGCCACGAUGGUGGAGGUGAUGGAGCUGCCCAAGUCGCGCAUCAACGCCAGCAUGCUCGCUCAGUCCAUCGACCGGCCCGUCUGCUUCGUGGGGAAGCUGGAAAAGAUUCAUCCCACGGGGAAAAUGUUUAUUCUUUCAGACGGAGAAGGAAAAAGUGCAACCAUUGAGUUGAUGGAGCCUCUUGAUGAAGAAAUCUCUGGAAUCAUAGAAGUUGUUGGAAGAGUAACAGCCAAAGCGACCAUUAUGUGUUCAUCUUAUGUCCAGUUUAAAGAAGACAGCCAUCCUUUUGAUCUUGGACUUUACAAUGAAGCUGUGAAAAUUAUCCAUGAGUUCCCGCAGUUUUUUCCUUUGGGGGUUAUGCAAUAUGAUUGAUCUUGAUUGUAAAUGAGCUACAUUGAAGACUAUUAGAGAAGGCCCUGGUAUUUGAGGGAGAGAUUCCUGUUAUUUUUAAUAUUUAAUUCAUUCUCAUUUUUAUUUCAUUUACCUAACUUUAUUAGAUAUUCCAGUAUGCCAUUUUUAAUGGAACUGGUAUAUUGACAGUUUUCUCCUAUGUCCUCAUAAAGAAUCACUUCUCUGCAUGUAGUCAGAUCAGAUGCAAAACAAAGCAGUUGUCUGAGUUUGUUUUCUGUUUUAUUAAUAAAAGUUUAAGUGAUACAUA